AUGAGGUGGCACGCUCCACCUACCCCUGCUGUUACAGCUGUCUCCCUUGCUCUGCUUCCUCAGGAGGCUGAGCACCCCAUCGGUGUGUGUCGCGUCCCACCACUCACGUACCCGCUGCUCCCUACCCCUCUGGCUCUUCCUUCCCCUCCUGCCCUCCCUGCCCCUCCAACCCUUCCUGCCCCGCCUGCACCUCUUCCCUCUUCCCCUCUCUGCCUCCAGAGCAUUGUGCGCCAAGGGGGGAUAUGCAUGAAUGUGGGCGGGUCACGUGGGGAGAAGGAUUUUGCUGCUAGCGAGUCACUACUGUCGUGCAAAGCAGUCUUGAAGCCCCUCAGUCCUCACUGCAAGAAGAACCCAUCUUGUCACAGCCGUUUUCCCCCCACCCCACUCUGCCAGUACUCACCACAGUCAACCACCAUUCCACCUGCACCUGCACUCGCCUUGUAUCACGGCUGCAUGCACAGCGCAGCAGCACCUGCUAGAAUGGAUGUCCCCGUCUCCCUAUGCACCCCCUUCCUCCUCUCCCAUCCACCCCUCCCCCAUCUCCCCCUUAUCCCCCACUCGCGCUGCUGCCCACGCACUCGCGCUGUCGCCCUCGAUUUUGCUCGCGAGCCUGUCUCACAGCACCACCGUGCGUUUCAAGCGGCUCACUCGCUUCUGCUUCGGUGUCCGCCUCUCCUUCCCCCGUUUCACACCCAUGCUCUCCCACGUUGCCGCAUUCACCUGCACCCGCCCUCUCCCAUGCGGCCCACUUUGUUCCCCCAAUCGCGCCACCCCUCGAGCCCCUGGCACGCGCUCUCCCAGCUUUCCUCUCUCCCGCCCUUCUCCCGUCCCCCGCCCUCCUGCUUUGCCUCCUGCUCCCCCUUCUCCCACCCCUCGCCUCGUCUCCGCCAAACCCAACCCACGCACGCACGCCCGCAUCCUAACUUCCCGCUUCCCGCUCUGCGGCGCGAUCGCCCGUCACUGCUGCCCCCAUCAGCGCUCCCCAUCCUGCUGCUCUGCACGGUGCACAAACCUACUGCCGCGGACUCUCGAGGAGGCGGCGGCAGAGGUGAGAGUGCAUCGGGGAUGGCGGCAGUUGAGAAGUGA